AUGCCUGCCCCCCGCAGGGCGUCCCGCGUCUCGUACGUCUCGCUCAUCACGUCGAGCUCAGACGACGACGGCGAUCGCCAGCAGGAGCAGCAUGUCGGCACGCGGUCCCGCAGGGCCAGCAAAGCUUCGUCCAAGCCGCCCGUCAAGAAGCGCAGGAUCAAGGACGACGACUCCGAGAGCGACGGCUUCGUGCCCUCGAGCGCACUCAGCGAGAGCGAAAGCCAGGACGAGCACGACGAAGACGUCGACGACGACGACGACGAUGACGCCGCCUACCGCGACGGCAGGACAAGGCGGGCGGCCAGCGAGUCAGACGACACCCCCAGCAUCGAGGCCGACAACGGCGGCGAUGCCACAGACGACAGCUCCACGCCCCCCGAGACGCCGGCCAACGGCGACUCAACCGCCUCGGGCUAUUUCGCCGGCAAGGAGCCCUUUGUCGAUCUCACCAACGCCGCGACAGCCAAGGGCAAGGGCAAGGGCAAGGUCAAGGAUGCGUCCGUGUCGACGCCGGCCUCGGCCAAGUUAGCCGGAUUCAGGUCCCUCUUCUCGACGCCCAUGUCGAGCAACGCCGGCAGCUCGAGGAAGCGGCAGGCCACCCUGUCCGACAUGUUUGGGGCAAAGUCCAAGCCGACGCCGACGCCGACCAAGGCAGCCCCCAAGGCCGGCAGCAGACUCAAGCGCGAGGCCGAUGACGGCGACGACGACGCCGAGCUGCUGGAUCUCGACGACUUCAGCGAUGACAGCGACGACAUGCCGUCGGUGCGCAAGAAGCCGAAAAAGUCCAAGGCGGCGAAGCCGGCCUCCAAGGUGAUCCUGUCGCAGUCGAGCUCCAAGGGCUGGAAGUCGAGCUUCGCCCACAAACGCCGCUUUAUCCGCAUGGGAUUUGUGCCCACGCCCGAAGCGGUGCGACACAACCUCGCCAAGGCGAGCAGCACGCUGUCCGACGGCAAGUUCCCUCCGAUCCACGACCUGCACGACAUCUUUUCCGACAUGGUGUCGCGGGCGCCCGGCGUCUUGGAGCUCGCCAGGGCGCUGCAGAACCGCCCGCUGCGGGUGGCCACCAUGUGCAGCGGCACCGAGUCGCCGCUGCUGGCGCUCGAGCUCAUGACGCGCGCGAUCAAGGAGCAGCACGGCAUCCAGAUCAAGGUCGAGCACGUCUUCAGCUGCGAGAUCGAGCCGUUCAAGCAGGCCUACAUCGAGCGCAACUUUUCGCCGCCGAUCCUCUUCCGAGACGUCACCGAGCUCGGCGGCGACCGCGCCCACACCGCCUACGGCGCCCUGGUCGACGUGCCGGGCAACGUCGACAUCCUCAUUGCCGGCACGUCGUGCGUCGACUACUCGCACCUCAACAACAAGAAAAAGGGCCUCAACGACGGCGGCGAGUCCGGGCGCACCUUCCACGGCAUGCUCGACUGGGUCAAGCGCCACCGCCCGGCGCUUGUGGUGCUCGAGAAUGUCAAAAACGCGCCCUGGGUCGGCGUGGCCGAGACCAUCGUCGCCGAGGCCGGCUACGACGUCAGCUUCAGCAACACGUUUGACACGAAAAACUACUACAUCCCGCACACGCGCCAGCGCGGCUACCUGCUGGCGACGCGCAACACGACCGACUGCCUGCCCGAGAAUUGGGACCUGCUGGUCAGCUGGCUCGUCCGGCCGGCGUCGAGCCCCUUUGACGCCUUUCUGCUGCCGUCGGACGACCCGAGGAUCCAAAAGGUGCGGCAGCAGUUUGCGCACGGCGAGGGCCUCUCCAAGGGCCGCUCGACGAUCGACUGGUCCAAGUGCCAGAGCCGGCACGAGCGGGCGCGUGACGAAGAGGAGCUCGGCAAGACGCGGCCGCUGACGGCGUGGGAAGAAGGCGGGACGUGCAAGAUGUCGCACGACGGCUGGAACGAGUGGGCCGUCCGCCAGCCGGAGCGCGUCACCGACCUGCUCGACAUCACAACGCUCCGCUUCGCCGCCUUGGACCAGGACCCGAUGUACAAGUCCAAGAUCUGGGAGCUUUCGCAGAACGUGGACCGCAACGUGGCCGCCUCGCGCCCGGGCAUCGCACCAUGCCUGACCCCGUCGGGCAUCCCCUUUAUCCCGAUCCGGGGCGCGCCCAUGAUCGGCCUCGAGGCGCUGUCGCUGCAGGGCCUGCCGCUCGACGAGCUCCUCCUCACCCGCGAGACCGACGAUCAGCUCCAGGAUCUGGCCGGCAACGCGAUGAGCUCGACUGUCGUUGGCGCGUGCGUGCUGUCGGCGCUGCUGGUGGCCCGGGGCGACUUUGAGCGCGAGCAGAUCGAGGGCGGCAGGCCGUCGCUGCCCUGGGGCUCGAGCUGCAACGAGCGCGACGCAGUCGUUCGCUCGAGCGACGUUGUCGUCGACCUCGUCGCCGAGGGCGGCGAUGCCAUCGCCGGCGUCGACAGCCUCGAGUCGCGCACCCUCGACCUCACUAGCAGCGAGCGCGUCGCGAUGCCCUCGCUGCUCAAGGAUGCCGUCGACAGCUCCCAGCUCUGCAUCUGCGAGGGUCGCACCCUGACCACCGACCGCCCAAUCUACCGCUGCACCAGCUGCGACCACACUGCCUGCGAGAGCUGCAAGGGCCGGCCCGUCCACGACUUUGAGCUCGACGCGCGGCCCCGGACGCAGCCGGACGAGUUUGGCGAGCGGCUCAAGCGCGCGCUGCCCAUGCGGCUUCAGGCCGACGCCUUCGCGCUGGACGACAUCACCACGCUGGCGCGGCAGCGGCCGAGCGUCGAGAUGGUGUUUGCCCUUCUCUGGAGCCAGCGCGUCAGCGAGGUGCUCGGCGGCGCCGAGUUCCGCUUCCAGGAGCUACUGCGCCAGAAGGUGUGGCAGGCGCGCUUCGUCGCCCCCGGCGCCCGCCUCGACCUCAUCCUCGAUCCGAUCGCGCCGCACUGGAGGAUCUUUGUCGAUGCCCGGCCCGAGGAGCCGGCGGGCAGCCACCUCCGCGCCGCGCUGAUGCAGCCGGUGGCGCGCAUGGCCCUCGACCCGCUCGCCACCGACGUCGACCUCUUCCACGGAAGCUGGGAGAUCUGUGUGCCCACCGGCAACACGGUCUCCAUCACCCUCACCUCGAGCGGCGAUCACGUGCCGACGUGGCAGAGCGCGCUCGGCCUGGGCGGCAAGUUUGCCGACACCAAGCGCUUCGCAGAGAUCCACGUCAAGGUGCCCGAAGAGGCCAAGGCGCAGCUCGACUGCGACAUCGAGGGCGUCUACGACCUCAUGCCCCAGUGCGGCACCGCCAACGCCUCGCUUCACGCGCGCCGCGGCGACCGCGAUGGCGCGGGCGACGGGCGGAAGCUCUACCUCUUCAUCGACGCCGACCGCUACAAGGACGCCAGUGGAGAUCGCUUCGUCUUUUCCACCGACAUUGGCCGCCUGCCGUAUCCGCUGCAGCGCCCUGCCGUCGGACGGCUGCCCGAGGGAUGGAAGCCCAAGCUGCCCAAGGUCCAUCAGCGCGACGCCGUCGAGCAGGUCAAGCUCCAGAUCGACGGCACGUGGAUCACGGCGCCCGCGCUCAAGGUCAAGCCGGGCGUGUCACUCGACGGCCAGAUCAACAUCGCCACCACCCCCGUCGAGCUCGACCUGCGCCAAAAGGGGUGCGAGCGCGCGCUGGCCGUGCUCGAGUGCUCCGCGCCCGUGCCGCGGGCCGAGCACAACCGCAUCUGGCCCAUCAACGGCGCGUGGGGCCAGGUGGACCUGCUCCACAAGACCAACACCACAUUCGGCCACCUCGCCUGGCUCGUCGAGCGCGUGCCCGACGUGUCUGCGUUCGACGACUGGAUGCCCGCCAAGCACGGAGCGCUCAGCCUCGCCACCGCCGCCUGCAAGCGCUGCGCGCCCGCCGAGCCCGACAUCCAGUGGCUCGCCAUGCCCGGACGGCCGGUCGUGCCCAUCGAGAACACGCAACAGGCCGGCCCGUACGAGCAGGCGCUCAAGAACCGCCCGGCGCCCUUCGUCAUGCACCUCCGGCUGAGCGACGGCUUGGCCCAGACGCGGUUCGGCAUCAACGCGGCGACGCUGAUGCACCGCGCCCUCUCCCGCCUGCCGUCCAACCCGCAUGCCGGGCUCGUCGAGCUGUCGUGGCGCCUGACCAAGCUCGACAAGUCGCUGAACAUGUUCAGCCUGCCGCGCUACACGAUCAAGAGCAACCGCCAGGACGCCGAGUCGCCGAGCCCCGACAUCUUUGCGCUCGAGCUGCGCAAGGAGCAGAAGCGCUCGCUCACCUGGAUGCUGGCCCAGGAGCGCAAGGACGUCGAGCCGUUCCACGAGGAGGAGAUCUCCGAGGGCCUGCUGGCGCCGUUCGGGUGGAGGGCCGAGGGCCGCGCCACCCGGCCCGUCACGGUGCGCGGAGGCGUCCUGGCCGAUGCCGUCGGCUAUGGCAAGACGGCCAUCUCGCUCGCCCUCAUCGCCGCGUCGCCGGACCGCGACCGCCUGCCCGAGCUGCCCGAGGGCGAUGAGGACGCCUUGAUCCCGACCAAGGCCACGCUCGUCAUCGUGCCCGGCCACCUCUGCAAGCAGUGGCAGCGCGAGGUGGCCAAGUUCUGCGGCAACAGCCUCUCGGUGCGCGUCGUGACGUCGAAAAACGAGCUCAACAAGCUGACGGUGCGUGACGUCCUCAAGGCCGACAUCAUCAUCAUGUCGGUCACUGUCUACCGCUCCGACACGUAUUGGGAGACGCUGGCGCGCGUGUCGGCGGCCAACCCGCUGCCCAACCGCCCGGGCCGCUUCUUCAACGCCGCCCUGAAGCGGUCGCUGGCGGCGCUGCGCAACCGGGUCAAGGAGCUGACCAGCGAGGACGGCGUCCGCCAGCUGGCGCAGUCGAUCAAAAAGCGCGUCGACUUUGACAACUCGCACAUGACGUCGCACCGGGCGCGCGGGCGCCUCAUCGGCCAGGCAUACGCCGACGCCCACGGCGGCGGCGCCAAGGUCAAGAAUGAGGAAAAGGGAGCCGACAAGGGCCUGCACAAGGACUUGCAGCCCAAGUCCAAGGCCGAGCCCGACCCGUGGAACCUCGCGUCGCCCGUCGUGCGCCGCGACUGGAAGGAGAUGACGUGCCCGCCGCUCGAGAUGUUCCUCUGGAACCGCGUCGUCGUCGACGAGUUCCACUACAUUGCCGAGGCGGCCGACCGCACCCUGGCGGGCGUCACCAGCCUGCAGGCGAGGGCCAAGUGGAUCCUCUCCGGCACGCCCCCGACGGCCGACUUCAGCGACGUCAAGAGCAUCGCCGUCUUCCUCAACCUCCACCUCGGCGUCGACGACGAUGCCGACACGAUCAAGGACUCGGUGCGCCGCGCGCGCGAGAAGAACCGCACCGCGGCGGAAAAGUUCAACAACUUCCGCGAGAUGCACUCGGCCGCCUGGCACCACCGCCGCCAGCAGGUGGCGCAGCGCUUCCUCGACGCCUUCGUCCGCAGCAACGAGCCCGAGAUUGGCGAGCUGCCGAGCGAGCAGCUCAUCAAGCCGAUCCGCCUGCCCGCCGCCGAGUCGGCCCUCUACCUCGAGCUGGCCCACGCCAUCGAGAACCUCGACCUGCGUCACCAGCGCAAGGUCUUCAAGGGCAAGGGCAAGGCGCGCGGCACCUCGACGCUCGCCGCCACCAAGAAGAUCGCAGCCGACGCGUUCGUCAUCGACGACGACGAGGAAGACGCCAGCGACUCGGACGGCGGUGGAAAGGCCAAGGCCAAGAAGGGCACGGGCAAGGCGGCGGCGACGACGACGGCGGCGGCCAACAAGGUCGGCGGCAAGAAGGGCGACCCGGACCUCGAGAUGAGCCACCGCGACCGCCGGCUGAUCGAGACGCUGGGCAACAGCGCAUCGCCCGAGGAGGCGCUGCUGAAGCGCGCAUCGGUCUACGACGACUUUGCCGGCGUCGACCUGAGCCAGAUCAAGGGCGUCAACAACGCCAUCAAGGCGUGCGAGUACAUCGUGCGCGAGCGCAGGAAGCAGCUCGAGGACUGCAAGCGUCAGCUGGAGCGCGAGCUGCCGUUGACGCUCGAGCAGCACCUCCUGGUCCUGUACCACUUUGGCUUCCGCGACGACAACCGCCAGUUCUUCCGCGAUUUCGUCCGCAACGCCAACAACGCGUCGUGGGGCGACAGCGAGUCCAAGGACAUGGUGCGCCAGAUCCUCGAGGAGGCCGACUGCACCAUGGACGGCAUCACGCGCGAGGCGGCCCGCCGCCGCUUUGGGGGCGCCAACAAGGGCGCGCUCCAGGUUGCGCUCAAGCGCCGCGAAAAGGAGCGCGCCGCCGCGGCCAAGGGUGGUGCGGCCAAGGACGGCGGCGCGGCGCCCAAGAAGAAGCUCGACCCCAAGGAUCUGGCGUGGGAGGAAGAGUACCUCCUCCGCGCCAUGGUCCACCAGCUCACCCGCCUACGCAACGAGCUCGUCGGGCGGGUCAACGCCCUCCGCUUCUUCACCGCCGUGCGCGACUGCCAGCGCGCGCACCUCGAUGGCGUCGAGGUCGACAUCGUCUGCCCCUCAGCCGCCUGCAAGCACGGCGGAGAGCGACUGAAGCUCGACGACGUCAGCAUCAGCUCGACAUGCGGCCAUGCGGGCUGCCGCGACUGCGUCCUGCGCGAGGCCUACAUCGGCCAGUGCCCGACGGCGGACUGCGCCGCGCUGGCCAAGCCGACGUCGGUGGUCAACGCCUCGUCGCUGGGCGUCGAAGACGACGGGGCGGCGACGCGGUACGGGACCAAGCUGGCGCUGCUGUGCAGCCUGCUCAAGCGCCUGCCCGACGAGGAGCGGGCGCUCGUGUUUGUCCAGUUUGAGACGCUGACGGCGACGGUGGCCGAGGCGCUGCAGGCGUACGGCAUCAGCUUUGUGCAGCUGACGGGCUCGGCGUCGCGGCGCAGCUCGCUGCUCGAGGCGUACCAGGACGACUGCGGGGCGCGCGUGCUGCUGCUCAACGUCGACGACGAGAGCGCGGCGGGCUCGAACCUGACGGUGGCCAACCACGUCAUCUUUGUCGGCCCGCUGCUCAAGCAGGAGCAGCAGCAGUACGACGGCACCAUGACCCAGGCCAUCGGUCGGUGCGUGCGGUACGGCCAGACCAAGAAGGUCUUUGUGUGGCGCUUUAUCGCCAUGGAGACCAUCGACCAGGACACGAUUGAGAAGCGCGAGAGGAUCACGCUCGACGUCGACGAGCUCGAGGCCCGCUUCGACGAGGCCGCCGGUGGCGCACUGGUCUUGGAGGACGUCAAGGGCACCAAGGGCACCAAGGCAGGCAAGGGCGUCGGCGGCGGCGGCGGCGGCAAGAGCGGCGGCAGCGGCAGCGGCAAGCGGGGUCGAGCGGCCGCCAGUGAGAGCGACAGCAGCGACGAGGAGGUCGGCCGUCGAGGCGUGGCCGCUCGCCGGUCGGUCAACAAGAGGAGGCGAGCGGCGGCCGAGCCGAUCGUGCUCGACGACGACGAUGAAGAAGAAGACGACGAUGACGAUGACGAGGAGGACGACGACGACGAGUGA